AUGGCCGCGCUGCGCUUCGGGGAGCCCCCGGCGGAGCCGCCCGCCUUCCCCGCAGGCAGGUGGGCGGGGGGCGGCGGGCCCGACCCGGCCUCGCCCGCCCUCAGGGCGCUUCCCCCGGCGGGCCGGGCCGGGGGGGCGGCGGCGGCGGAGCCGUCGGAGGGGGCGCCGGCGGCCUCGCAGCGUCGGAAGCGGACCAGCUUCACGGCGGCGCAGCUGGAGACGCUGGAGCUGGUCUUCCAGGACACCAUGUACCCCGACAUCUACCUGCGGGAGAAGCUGGCCGACGCCACGCAGAUCCCCGAGUCCCGCAUCCAGGUCUGGUUCCAGAACCGGCGCGCCAAGUCCCGCCGCCAGCGGGGACCGCCCCGCCCCGGCCCCGCCGCCCCCCCGGCCGCCGAGCCGCCGCCGCCGCCACCGGGCUUCCCGCCGCCGCCCCGCUUCGCCGCCCUGCGCGCCCCGGAGCGGCCCCGCCGGGUCCUCCCCGGCCUGGCCCAGAUCGUCCGGAUCAAGGAGGAGGGCUCGGUGCCCUACGAGUGGCCGCCGGCCGCCGCCUUCCCCCCCGGCCCCGGCUUCGAGGGCUUCCCGCCCAGCCAGCCCGGCGGGGCCGAGGCCGCCUCCUUGGCGGGGCCGCCGGCGGCCGUGGGGAGCGCGGCCGGUCCCUACCCGCCGGGCCGCGCCUUCUGCGGGCAGUACUCGCCGGUGUCGGACGCCGAGGACACCAGCGGCUACUCGGAGUCGGGCUCGGAGUGGGAGGAGAACGCCCUCGGCGCCUUCCGAGCCCUCUGAGCGCCGCCCCGGGGUCGGGGACGGGACCCCCCGGCCUGGGGGCGAAGUCCUGCCCCGCCAAACGCCGUCCCGGGGUACGCGGCUCCGGCGGGGAGCAGCCCCGUACCGUGCUACCUCACCCCUGCUCUGCGACUGUUGCACUUUAUCCGGUAGUAACUGAUUUUACCUAUUUAUUUAAGAAAGAUAGGGGUCAGCUCCGUCAGCUGAGGGCAUCUUUUUACACGGUAUUUAAAGAUUUCCGUGAGGCUGUUUUGUAUUCCUAUUUAACCUUCUCUAGCCAAAAAGCUAACCAAAUCCACUGUUUUGGGGGUGGGGGCUGGCCUUAGAAAA